AUGCUUAGAGCUUCGAGAAACAAGGGUAACUCUAUGAUUUGCUGUCUCUUGUUCCUAUUAGUAAUUCAACAAUCGGCGGCAUUUUCGUCGAAUGAUGACAUUACAGUAAUUCGCGAGCGUGUAUUAGAGAAGAUGAUUUGGCCACCGCCGAAUACACUUCCCUCGAUUAUUCUAAAGGCAUUAUCAUUUGCUCAAACAUUGAAUAGUUCUUGCUAUUGGUCAGAUAUUGAUUAUGCAGAUGCUGGUCGCGCUAAUUGGUUAACCGCCGUCCAUAUGUCAAGAGUUACGACUAUGUUACAAGCCCUAACUGCCAAUGGUACAACCGAACGAAAUAAUACGAAGUUACGUUCAGCAGCACAUUGUGCUCUCAAUACUUGGUUAGUUCGGGACUGGCAAAAUCCGAAUUGGUGGUGGAAUCGAAUUUCGGUACCCAUUUCAGUCACCAGUCAUUUAUUAAUGCUAGGUGAUGACAUUACUCAAUUUGAAUUGCAGAAAAUCAAAGAGAUUUCGUUUCGUGCAAAUUGGUGGAAUGGUGAUAUGUGGACGACCGGUUGUAAUUUAGUAUGGAUGAUUCAAGCUCAACUAUACCGAUCAUUAGCAACUCGAAAUAUAACAGGAAUUGAACAAGGUUUCACUCGAAUGUGGCAAGACAUCAUGAUUCAACCACUAGGUAAAGAUGGUGUUCAAAAUGACUAUGCUUACCAUUUUCAUGGAACACAGCUACUCUCGGCAGCUUACGGUCAAGAUUGGGCUAUGAAUGUCUUUUCAUUUUUCUUAUGUAGUGUCAACACGCAAUAUGCCCCCAGUCUCGAUAAGCUCACGUUGUUUGCACAAUUUUUAGUUAAAGGCGACGCAUGGAUGAUCAUUGAUAAUCAAUGGGAUUGGCACGUCAAAGGAAGAGCUAUUGCGAGACCAGAUAGAGGAUAUCUUGUUUUCUAUAAGUCUGAAGACAUUAGAGUUUUGGCAGAAACGAUUCCAUCAGUGGACCUGCGAACUGAUUUGAAUAAUCUUGCUGACCGCUUAGAUCAUCAGGCCAAUGCUACGGCACUGGUGGGCAAUAAACAUUUUUAUACAUCAGAUUACCACGUUCAUCGUCGCACAAAUUGGUCCAGUGCAAUCAAAAUGCAGUCGAUUCGAACGAAUCCCGAUGAAUGUGGAAAUGGAGAAAACUUGAAGCGAGAACAUACCGGUCAAGGCAUUUUAAAUUUGUUUACAACGAACACAUACGAUUAUGUGUUCAUAUUUCCACUACUUGAUUGGCAAGCUAUCAACGGCAUCACUGUUGAACAUGAUAUUCCACUCGUCACAUGCAAUGAUGUACCCUCCUCUCUUAUCAGAUUACCUUUUGUUGGCGGUGUCAGUGAUGGUCUCUAUGGUUUUGCUAUGAUGGACACAGCGACGCACAACUUAACUGCCAAAAGAUCAUGGCACUUCUAUGAUGAUGCAGUUAUUGCACUUNUAUUGGUCCGUUUCAUAUAUUGCCUGCAGCAAACGGCUGGCUCCUUUGUUCUCGGGGAAAAGUAG